AUGGCUCGCAAAAGGGCGCUCGUCGGCGAGUUCGUGGGCACCUUCCUUCUGAUGUUUACCCUCGGCUGCAACGUCCUCAGCGGCACGGCAGCGGCGGGCAGUUCGAUCGGUUUCUCCCUCAUGGUCGGCAUCUACGCCCUGGCAAAAGUUUCUGGAGCGAACUUCAACCCCGCUGUGUCUGUCACGCUCGGCCUCGUCGGCAAGUUGCCCUGGGCUGACGUCUUCCUCUACUCGUUGGUGCAGACGUUGGCGGGCGCGCUGGCGGGCAUCCUCGCCCGCGCGAUCUUCAAGAGCUCGGAGUUUGCCCUCGCCCUCGGGCCCGCGGAUGGCUUCGAGUGGUGGCAGGCAGGCGUGUGUGAGCUCGUGUACACGUUCAUGCUCUGCUUCGUCGUUCUCAAUACUGCCUGCGCCGCGGCGAACGCGAGCUCUCAGUUCUACGGCCUCUCGAUCGGCCUCGUGAUCGUGGCGGGCGCGUUCGGGGCGGGCGCUGUCUCCGGGGGCUGCUUCAACCCCGCCGUGGCGUUCGGCGUCUACGCGGGCAGCCGCGGUCUUCAGAUGUGUGUAGCAUCCUAUUCAGUAUUCCUAAAGAUUCCUAGGAAUUCCUUGCUUCGCCGGUGCACACAUGCUUUUUGCCAGCAGGGAUUCGUUGGUGCCAGAGAGGAGGUCC